AUGGAGCCUAUUGAAGAGGAACCAGAACAAUUCCCGCUUGACCCGGACGAGGAAGAGGAAGACGAGGUGGGACCAGAAGAUGAGGAGGAGGAGGAUGAUGAUGGCUUACUCAACACCAAUUUCACAUCCCGAUGGCAGCAAUGGGUGCGGCUCGUCGUGUACCGCGGAGAACCAGUUGUACAAGAAGAUGAAGGAGAAUACGACCCCGACCUCUGGACCGAAGCUAUGAAACCGCCGCUGUUCCCCUUGAAUCUCGAAGCGCAAUGGCUAAUCGCUAUUCUGAUUGCGCUCGUGCUAAUCGUCCACGUCGAGCUCGACACGCAGUGGUUGCUGCGGAACGGGCACCUACACUACGCGAUGCGCAUCCUCUUCAAGACGGCGAUGACGCUGGGCAUCUCGAUGUUCAGCGUCCUCGCGUUCGAGGUCGUCGGCAACUUCGCCCAGGUUAUCAAAGAGUGGACCUUCCGGUCUGAAUUCCUCUAUUGGAUAGGCCAAUGGUUGAUAGUUCGAUGGGGCUGGGGGCGCCUCGACGAGGACGCAAAUCCCGCCCACGACGAACAAGGCCACUUCAUCUGGGUGGCAGACAGGAACAACCUUCGCGAACCUUUCCGGAACACCAUCCUCGGGAUCUCAAACCUGAUCUACAGCUGUCUGGGGAUCCUGAGUCUUCAAUCGUUCUACGAAGCCACGAGCGAGGUUGCAAGACGAAUCCUCGUGCCCAUGCUCGGAUUCUUCUCUACGAGACUCCAGGACUUCGCUGCCAGCGUGCCCCUCAUAUUCGCCCUGCCCACUCCGGGCCUGGACCACCACCAGGGUCUCAGGGAGCUGUUUUGGGAGUACGGAGUCCCGGUGUGGAUCCAGCUAUUGCUCGCCAUCUUUCUGUGGCUCCUGGUCUUCCUGUUCAUGUCGAAAUCCGAAACGACCCUCAUGCAUGGAGCCGGCUACUACGACCAUAAAUUCGUGCUUUUCUACAACCUAGUACGCGCGGCCGCCAUGCAUCUGUUGGCGUACACCGCGUAUCAGCUUGUCUGCAUCUGGAUGGUCUCCGGCAAGCUCAUGUUACUCGGAAACCACCCCUAUGAGCCCUUGCUCGACAACCCCCUCGUCCAACCUUCGACCGCGUCGUACCACGGUAGCCCGGUCGGCGCAUUCUUGGUUAUAGUGGCACACCACCUCCUGAGGCGCGGCUUAAGACUUGGGGUGAGACUUCUCUCUCGGUUUUGGACCCCUUACAUGGUCUGGUUGAGCUUGAAGACAGAGUUGGGUGUGGAGAUGACGUAUGAUUUGUGGUUACGCCUCUUGGACCAUGACCUAGGAGUAGGAACGGUCGACCCGGACAGGACGAUAAUCUCGAGAGCAAUGAUGACGCUUCUGUUCGGCCUGAGGAGCUCAUGGCCAGCCAGGAUGAGGCUUGGCAACGUUCGGGAUGAUCCUUGA